UCCCAGCGCGGCGCCGCCGCCGGUCCAAACGGCGGUGGGGCCCGUCGGACGCGGGUGGUCCGCGUCCGUGGGUGAGGCGCGCGCCCCUGGCUCACGUGUACGGCCGCAUCGAGGCCCCGAGCGGCCUGGCGGCCCGCUUGACCAAGGUGCAAACAACGCCAGUGGCGCGCCCGCACAGGCGGCACGGCAUGCGGCUUAGGAUGGUCGUCAAGGGGAAGUCCGAGUGGUGGAAGGCCGGGGGUGAGCGCGGGGCGCAGGUCGUUCUAGAGAGGGGAGAGGAUAACGAGGAGGCCGGGGCGGACGGGCCUGCGAGCGCGCCCAGCGACCGUGAGGCGGAAAUGGUGACGGGGGAGGUGACGUUGGGGCCGCAGGAGGACCUGGUGUUUGUGGGGGAAAGAAAGCGGGGCGAAAUGGAGCUGUCCAGGGGGCUAGAAGUAGAACCGCUGGAGUGCGACGUUGUUCUGGACUGCGAGGUUGUCGAGGAGCUGGUGACCCAGCAGGAGGCACGGGAAAGCGGCGUGGCUGCACGGGAGCAGGCAACGGGGGUACCCGCAGAACAGCGGACUAGAAAGGCGCGAGAGCCCGGGCUUGAGGAGGGCCCGCAGACACGUGGCAAGAGACAGCGGGACUGCUACCCGGCGGAGAUGGUGCUGCGGAGUAAAGUAGCGAGGACCGGGCUCGGAAGAGCCUGCGCCGAGGGCAUUCUGAAGCGGAGCACGCGGCUGGCGCAAACCAAGCAGCGCAAGCCGGCAUCUCCCGAAGGCGUGCUUCCUCUGAACGUCGUCAAGAUACGCCCGCCCAAGAAGGUGGUGGCCUUGGCUUGCCAGGAGGCGAGGCGAAGCAGCGCGAGGGGCCAUCACCGGCAGCGGCAGCGCUCCUCGCCCGCAGUGGUGGAGCUGUGCGAUCUGACGGGCGACGAGGCGGGACACGUGGCGGACCCAGAGGAGAAGCCGGCCGUGAGCCCGGCGAGCAUCUGCUACCCCGCCGGCGAGGGUGGAUUUGAACUGCACGAAGCGGAGCUGCUCGCGCUGGCGCCCCUCACCGACCUCAACGGCUCUCUCAUUAACUUCUACAUCAGGCACCUGCAGCAGCACGGCGCGGUGCGGCCCGGCUUCUUCGUGGCAGACACGUACUUCUACGCCAAGCUGUGCCAGGUGGCCGCCCGCCCCUCCCCUGCCGGUGCUGCGCACGACUUGCGCUCCCUGCUUGCUUACCUGGCCUGCCCGGACCUUUUCGCGCACAACGCCAUCGCCAUACCCGUGCACGCAACCGGCCACUGGAGCCUGGCGGUGGUGUGCGCGCCCGGCCUGCUGGCGCCGCUACAGCCGGGCAAGAAAAGGGCGGCGCAGGGCCCUGCGCCCUUCAUCCUGCACCUGGACAGCCUGCCCAAGGGCCGCGGCGGCCACGACACAGCCCUCGUGGCGCGACGCCUCAGCAGGUUCGUGAAGGAUGCCUGGCGUGCACGGGAGGCUGCGCGGCUGGUGGCGGCAGGCCGGGCCGUGCCCAAGGCAUGGCACCUGCCGGACCUCAAAGAGCGCAGAGUCCAGGUCCCGCAGCAGGACAACAGCUGCGACUGCGGCCUCUUCCUGCUGCUCAACCUGGCGCGCUUCCUCGCGGCCGCGCCCGACGUCAUCCACUGUGCCCAAGUCGACCACGUCUUCCGGGGCCAUGACUACCCCCUGACAGACGCCGGUCUGCUGCGCGCGCGCCUGCUGCAGCUGGCGUGGCGCGUCUUCCGACAGCAGCACGGCCCGCACUGGCGGCCCACUGUGUCGGCCGCAACAGGCGCUGCGCUGGGCGUGCAGCUAGAGGCGGACCCUCGGGACGAGGUGGAGGAGGAACACUCCGCGUGUUGAGAUACGUAGUGUAGAAUGGUUUUGUUUCCGUCUGCAGAAGUCCUGCAGCGAGACGUGUCAUUCGUUUCUAAGUUUUGCUUUUCUUGUAGAAAUGUACUUCUUUUUGCACCUUAAUUUCAUAAUUACAAUGAUGUGUGUUCAUAAGAGUCCUCAAGUGACACGAUCCGCGUCAAAUCUUGCACAGCGGAUAUCAAGUACGAUUGAAAUCUUGGAUCCAGGCUAUGU